UGUUUUUCUCGAUGGGGAAGACAGAUUUCCUGAGCCCCAAGGCGAUUGGCAACCGCAGCAGAUCGAAGGGGCUGCAGAAGCUGCGCUGGUAUUGCCAGAUGUGCCGGAAGCAGUGCAGGGAUGAGAACGGCUUCAAAUGUCACUGCAUGUCCGAAUCUCACCAGAGACAGCUGCUGCUGGCAUCAGAAAAUCCUCAGCAGUUCCUGGAUUCCUUUUCGGAGCAAUUCCAGAACAAUUUCCUGGAACUCCUCCGGAGACGAUUUGGAACAAAGAGAGUCCACAAUAACGCUGUGUACAACGAAUACAUCAGCUCUCGGGAGCACAUCCACCUGAACGCCACCCAGUGGGAGACGCUGAGCGAUUUCACCAAGUGGCUCGGGAGAGAAGGCUACUGCAAGGUAGACGAAACCCCCAAAGGCUGCUACCUCCAGUACAUCGACCGGAGCCCGGAGAUGGUCCACCAGCAGCAGGAAGACGAGAAGAAGAGAAAGCAGGCCUUGGACGAUGAAGAGAAGAGGGCCAGGUUCCUUGAGGAGCAAAUCAGGAGAGGCUUGCAGGGGAAGGAGCAGGAAGUCCCGGUCUACACAGAACUAAGGCGAGGAAACAACAAAGAGAAAGUGGUCUUUAAUCUGAACCAAAGAGCGAGAACUUCCACAGAGCCACCACCCAAGCCCUGUAUGUUGAAACGCAGCGGGCUGUGGACGGCAGGACCAGCACAGACGGUGAAGCGGAAAGAAAUCCCUCUGAACUCCGGGCAGUCGAAAGAAAAGAAGAGAAAGACAGCACUGGAGGAGAUCACGGAGCUGGGAGAAGAGAAGAAAAAGUCCGCCCCGACCGACUACUGGCUGCAGCCUGGAAUUGUGGAUUGA